AUGCCCCCGGUGACGGAGGCGGCGGCCAGGCGAGCCCUCCUGCGCUUCGUGGCCUCCCGGUGCUGCUACGGGCGCAGUGCCGCGGGAGAGCUGGCCAUCCGGCGGCUGCGGCACCUGGCGACGUACCGGUAUCGACUGGAGACGUUCAGUGAGUCGAGGUUAAGCGAGUGGGUGUUUGAGCCCUUCACCAAAGACUGCCACAGAUGCCACGGUCACGGCCGGUCCAAGUGCGGGGUGUGCCAUGGGGCAGGUCGGACGAGGUGUGUGACGUGCAAGGGGUCCCGCUGGAGGCGGAAGCAGCAGAGCCGGUGCCAGCUGUGUUCAGGUACAGGUCGCAGAAGGUGCAAUACCUGUUCUGGCCGGGGCAGCAAGACCUGCGCGACCUGUCAGGGAGAGAGAAAGCUCCAACAUUUCAAGCAGCUGGUGGUAACCUGGAAGAACAAUGUCUUUGAAUUUGUCUCUGAGCAUCAUCUGAACUUCCCAGGAAAACUUCUCAGCAAAGUCAGUGGAGAGAAUAUAUUCAAAGAUGAAAACGCGGUGGUGUACCCCAUCAUCGACUUUCCCGACCCCGAGAUCUCCCUGGCCUCGCAGCGAGCCAUCGCAGAGCACAGCGCAGCGUUUGCCACGUCCUCCCGCAUCCUCCGGCAGCGUCAAACAAUUGAGCUGAUCCCCAUCACAGAAGUUCACUACCAGUAUUCGGGGAAGCCGUACCUCUACUACAUCUACGGGCUGGAGAACAAGGUGUACGCGCUGGACUACCCCGAGAGGUGCUGCUGCGGCUGCGCCAUCGUCUGA